UCUUCCGCUUCUCCACCUGCGGGGAGAUCGCGUGGCUCUUCUUUGGGUUCCUCAUGUGCUGCGUCAAGGCGUUGACCCUGCCCGCAGUGGUCAUCAUUUACAGCGAGUUCACAGCACCCUCUCCGCUGCCACGAACAUCACCACGCUGUCGUUUCCCUUCACGAUGGCCAACAGCAGCGGCGGCGGGUACACCAUUCCCACGGGGACCCUGAGCAUCCUUCCCAUCGCGGCGAACGCCCAGCUGCCGACCAUCACGACAACAGCCAGUGGCUACGAGCCCAAUGACGUCAUCACCACGAUCCCCGUCUCGCUCUCCAUUCAGCGCUUCCCCUCGUCCCUGUCCAUCGUGGACCUGGCCCAGGAGCAGGACGGCUACAGCAACAGUGGCUCCAGCAACGGCAUGACCGUGGGGCCGGGUGCGGGCGGCGGCGGCGGCAUCACCACCACGGCCCUCCUGUCCGUGAAGCCCCUGAACGGCAGCGGCAACGGCAACAUUUCGCGGAACAACAGCUUCAGUCUGAGCUUCAACCUGCACGACCCCACAGUGCGCUCCCCGGUGCGUUCGGCAGGAGCCCCCACAGUGGAUACAGUGGACAACUCUUCAUCCGGUGGCACGAUCGCCCUGCCCCAGAGCGGCGCCACGGCAACGGCCACGAGUGCUACCUCAACCCUCGCCAAACACAGUCCCGAGGCCAAGACAGGAGAGGUCUAUGUCCGAGCGGAGGAACAGGACACCUAUUCCGACCCAUCCACUGGAUUAUAGCUUUCGUCGUAGGUUUAAGCACCCCCUUCCAGAACCACUGAUACGAUAUUAUCAUCUAGGAAAGAGAACAAAACAAGAGUAAUCCUCUCUUCGGAUUGUACAUACAUAUGCACACAUCAAUAGCCCACAGACGAUAUCGUAUCGUAAUGGAUCGUAUCGUACGGCACACGCGAGUCUUUCUCGAUAGUUGGGCGAAUAAAUUACAAAUAAAAUCUUUACCAAGAGAAUCUCCAUUAUAUUACCCGUGCAAACAUUGGACCGUGUAAAUACUUUGGAACCCUC